AUUUAUGUACUUUGCCGAGGAACGUAUGUUAGUUAAUUAAUUCAUUUACGUUCUUUGACUUUGCGCUCACAAAAAUUUCAAUUGUGAAUGAAUACAAAUGUUUUGAAACAGAAGAAGCAUGUAAACAAAGCAGAAAAUUUUACCGAUCAACGAAAUUUACUCUAGGAAACAAUAACAAAUUGCUUCAGAUAUUCCCUAUAAUUAUUGAAAAUAGCAUAAAAUGGAUACAGAGCUGCCCUCCACCAGUGCUAGCGCAUUGGCUGCUUGUAAUGCCAACAAUAAUUCACAGACACAAGAUUACACACAACUUACACCAGAGUUAAUGCAGCGUAAACUAUAUUUUCUGGUGGAUCAAUUGAAACAAAUGCAUGCACAAUUGCCAGAAAAUUACCAAAUACGCAUUUCAUAUGAGCUGCUCACAGAAUUGGCAAAUUCAUUGUUAAACGAUACGAUCUUUGAAAUUGUAAAAGGACUCAUGGAAAUACAAAAUGUUACUGAAAAACAUUUGCUAACACUACGUAAGCAAGUAGAAACAGAUUUUGAAUUGGAAAUGCAGGAGUGGCGAUCGAAAAUUACAGAUCCAGAAGAGUUGAGCCACAUAGAACAGCUAAUGCAGGUGAAACAUACGAAAAAGAUGCGUGAGACAGAUAUGAAAUUGAUAGCAUUGCUAGAUCAAAAGGUUAAAGAUCAACAGAGCACACUCAACAAGGCCGGUAUUGCUGGCUUUUAUGUCACGGAGAAUCCACGUGAAAUUAAGAUACAAAUGUUUCUUUUGGAUUUCAUUAUACGCUUAAGUAGAAUGAAAUUUGAACCGCAUAAAUAACAGGAGGAGUAAGACGUGGCCUUCACGUUACACACAAAAAUACAGAUUUAAAAUAUU